AUGCCCAACAGCAAACAAAGCAACUCGUCUGGAGGAAAGUCGGAUGAGUACGGGCGAGAAGCUCGACUGGAGAUGUUCCAGAUUGAAGAGCGACAGGAAGGCAAUAUUCUUGUGCGGGUGCCAUACAAGCCUCGAAAGCCACGGCAGACUCGACGGACUAUGGCGAGGGAAAUUCGGCACAUUAUGGAACCAUUCGAGGAGCCCCAGGUAGGAUAA